AUGUCCUCCCUGCAAGAAAGACGAUUGUUUAACAGUUUGGAAACCAAAAUAGAUGCCAUUUGUCCAAAAUUUUACGUUGAUGCUUCGAAAAUUCAGGUCCUUCAUGAACCGGACGAGUUUUAUGGAUCUCUUAAGAAUUUAAUAAAGUCUUCGGAAAAACGGAUAUUUCUUUCCACAUUAUACAUAGGAAAAGAAGAAGAUGAAUUCCUAAAUGUAAUUCGACAAGCUUUGCUUACAAAACCAAAAUUGCAAGUAUUUAUUUUGGCAGAUCAAUUGCGGUCAACAAGGGAAUUUCCAGCUCAUUCUUCAGCCUCUUUACUUACUAAAUUAAAAGAAGAAUUCCCUGAACGAUGUGAGAUAAAGCUCUAUCAUACUCCAAACCUACGUGGUCUCACGAAAAGAAUAGUUCCCAAAAGGUUUAAUGAGGGCUGGGGUCUCCAACAUAUGAAAAUUUAUGGAGCAGAUGAUUCCUUAAUUGUUAGUGGAGCAAACUUGUCAAGAGACUAUUUUACCAAUCGUAAGGAUCGUUACUAUCUUUUUCAUGACACAGGAUUGUCUGACUUUUUCUUUCAUGUUCACAAGACAUUUGCUGAUUUGUCAUUUGAUUGCUUGCCUAGUAAUCGUGAACUUCUGUCAACCAUAGAGGAUAACCUUCCAUCUGAAUUUCGACUUGAGUGGAACAAUGAUGUUCCUAAUCCUCUAAUUAAUUCUCCUGGAUUCAUCAAAGAAGCUUCGAAUAGACUUCAACAUCUCUUAUGCCGAGGUCAAGAUGAUGUUUCCGAAAGAGACAAUAAUAGACCCUUUACCUCGGCGUACGGAUCCAGCCUGACGGAAAUCGAUCAAAAUAGAAACAAAACAAUAGAUAAUAUUUCAUAUGAACGAACCGCUAUUGUAUAUCCUCUUUUCCAGUGUAUGUCUGUGCUGACAGAUCAAGUGCAGUCUACUGAAGAUAAAGUAUUGGAUUUACUAGGAAACAUUAUAAUGAAUGAAAAGGUAGAAUGGACGUUGACGGCUGGUUAUUUUAAUGUUUAUCCGGAGUUACGAAAGCAAUUGUUAAAAAGUAAGGGAACGGGAGAAGCAAUUGUUGCUUCGCAGGAAGCUAAUGGGUUCUACAAGUCGAAAGGACCCUCGCACAUGAUUCCACCUGCGUAUCAAUACAUUGCCGAGAAGUUCUUACAUGAUGCCACUCGAAUGAGGAAAGAUAUAAAUGUCUUACAAUGGCAGAGGCCAGGGCAUACAUAUCAUGCUAAAGGAUUUUGGUUUACCUAUCCUGGAAGACCUUUUCCCUUCUUAACUACAAUAGGCUCGUCAAACUAUACAAGCAGAUCCCGACAACUGGAUUUGGAGGCAACCAUGGUGAUCAUGACUCAAAAUCAGCAACUCCAGUCUACAUUUCAAAAAGAGCUUCAGCUAAUCCGGCAACAUGCGAAACCUAUGGGAUCUUGCAGUCUGGAAAAGGUCCCACUGUAUGUAAAGGCAUUGGCGUCCCUUUUACGAAAGAAACUUUGA